AUACAUAUGACCACCUCCCCCUUCACCUGCUGGACCUCUCCUUGGUCAUAAUGAGGGUCGCUAUAGGGGUGCAACAAGGUUCCACCCAAAAUUGAGGGUCCUCACAAAGGGAGAGAUCAAAGCUCUCAUCCGGAUCAUCCCCCGUGAGGCUCGCCACCUGGACCGAACGCACGGCCAACUGACGUUUUAACUGUUAAAUUUUUUUUUUAUGGCGAGCACACUGCUGUUGCGGCGUCUGGCGAACACGAAUCGGUGGUUUUCUCACUUUUAUAUUCUUUCUGUGGUCUGGAAUGGUUUCCUGCUCCUAUUGCUUAUUCAAGCUUUGUUCCUAGCAAGACCUUUCCCGAUAUGGCUUCAGGAUUUGCUCAGUACUCUUGGUGGAGCUUCGCAGAACCAGGAUGUGGGUGACAAACACCUGUCAGUCCUCUUGGUUCUCAUGCUCCUGUGGCUACACAGCUUUCGAAGGCUCAUAGAGUGCCUCUGCAUCAGUGUCUUCUCCAGUGGUGUCAUUCACAUUGUACAGUACUGCUUUGCACUUGGGUACUAUAUUGUUAUUGGCUUAACGGUGCUGUGUCAAGUGCCAGCUAAUGUCAGCAAUGGAAAAGACCUCUUUAUGCAGAUCUCCUGGUACCACAUCCUAGGAAUUAUGAUGUACAUUUGGGCCUCUGUUCACCAGCAUAGAUGCCAUGUGAUUCUAGCUAAUCUUAGAAAAAGUAAAUCAGGAAAGGUAGUAAACUUGAGCCACAGCAUUCCUUUUGGAGACUGGUUUGAGAGAGUAUCUUGCCCACAUUAUUUUGCUGAACUCCUAAUAUAUGUAUCCAUGGCCAUCACAUUUGGAUUUCAAAACUUAACAUGGUGGCUUGUAGUGAUGUUUGUGUUGUUUAACCAGGCAUUGGCUGCAGUUCUGUGCCAGGAGUUCUAUGUGAACAAAUUCAGCUGCUACCCAACACAUCGAAAAGCAUUUAUACCAUUUCUUUUUUAGAACCUUUAUUUUUGUUAAAUAUAUCUUUAAUGUAACCUGUGAAAUGCUGUUUAAAAGGUAAUGGAAGACUGAGGUUCUCAGGAGUAUGUGUAAUGCAACUGCUACAGAAGCUGUGGUGAAACAAUACUGACUGUCUGAUUCCAGCUCAAAGCUACACAGGAUUUUAAUGGAAAAAAAAAAAGCUUCAUUUUGAUUUAAUGAUAAAGUAUCUGUGACAGAUUUUCGGUUACCAAUUUGCCUGAGGCCACAGGAUCUUUAGGGAGGAGAUGACGAAACACACCAAGUGUCUAAAUUUUAAAGCUUUAUUAAUAAAAUAAUAAAAUAACAGCAGAGAGUGAUGGGUGCUC